CUGUAUACACACAGCUUGCCCAUUCGACACGCAAUCCGUCGUUAUCACGUUUAUAUGUGUUUGUGCCUGUGUCUGUUUUCAUAGACGGGAAUGAAUACUAUUUUGUGUGUGUGACGUUGAUUACGUUCGCUUAUCCUUGAUAAAUAUUUCCGUAGUAAAGGUAUUUUUGUCCUUCAUCAUGGAUCAGGAGCUUGGCAAGAAAAUGUCGGCUUUACGACUCGCCGAAGCCAAUAGAACCAGCAAUAUGACAAGACCAUAUGAGGGAUUUCAAUAUCAAGCUGCUAGUAGCCAAUUACCACCCUAUAAAUAUUCCAGUGCAGCUCCUCAAGUAAAGUAUGAACCUCAGUAUGGAUCCACAGCAUCAGAAGGUAUUUACGCAAAUCUGGAAGAGCUCACUGGGAGUCCUGUCAGAAGCCAAUAUCAAGAUACCUUUAUUCCACCACCAGAGCAGUUUUCACAAAGACUAGUUCAGGUAUCCAAGAUAUCUCAUGUUCCUACACAAUCCAAAGUAAGUUUGGAAGAAGCAAUGCGUUAUACACCCCCUAAUUCGGUGGCUUCAGCUGAUGAAGUACCAGUUUAUGAGAAUCUUCAGUUCUACUCUUCACCAAAGAAAUCAUUUGCAAACAUCGCUUCAGCAAAUAACCUGUGUUUACAAACCUAUCAACCAGUUUCCUCAAAUCUUGCUGCAUUGAAAACCGAUGCCCAACUAGCCACCCAGCAGCCCUUUGAGCCAAGUCAGUUUCCUCCCCCUACUUCAUCUAUGAAAUGCAAUUCCUUAACACAACCUUAUCCAGCCCCACAAAUUAUCAAACCAUCUCCUCAAAGAUUUCCCCAAGCUCCCCCUACAUAUCAGCAAACUCCACAUGCUCUAAACAUUACCAGGGGUUAUGAAAAAUCUCCCCAACGAAUCACCAAGCCAGGAAUAAAGAUUGAUUCCCCUGUUCAAAUGAGUCAAGCUGGUUCUUCCCCAAAAAUGCCAUUUGCAACUCUUCCUUCAAAGAAGGAAACUUCUGAUGCAGAGAAAAAAUUUGAAUCUUUCAUGAAAGAAAUAGAAGAAGAACUGGAGAAUCAGGAGCAAGAUGGAGAAUUUUUUGGUGUUUGUCACACUUGUGGAGAGAAAAUCACUGGUGCGGCCGAAGCCUGUCAGGCAAUGGGAAAUCUCUAUCACACUUGCUGUUUCGUGUGCUGUUCCUGCGGCCGGGCUCUUCGAGGCAAAGCUUUCUAUAAUGUUCAUGGAAAAGUUUACUGUGAAGAAGAUUAUUUGUAUUCUGGAUUCCAACAAACGGCAGAAAAAUGUGGACUGUGUGGGCAUCUAAUUAUGGAAACCAUUCUGCAAGCCAUGGGGAAGUCUUACCAUCCUGGAUGCUUCCGUUGUUGCGUUUGUAACGAAUGCUUGGAUGGUGUACCAUUCACCAUCGACGUCGACCACAAAAUCUAUUGUGUGACCGAUUACCACAGGAUGUUUGCACCAAGAUGCGCGGCUUGCGAUGAAAUUAUUACGCCUGCUCAGGGUAGCAAAGAGACGGUACGCGUUGUGUCUAUGAACAAGGACUUUCACGUUGAUUGCUAUGUUUGUGAGAGUUGUGGCCUACAAUUAACAGAUGAGCCAGAGCGACGGUGUUAUCCAUUAUAUGGCCGCCUCUUUUGUCGUAGCUGUCGGCUCAUGCAAGAUACUUAAAUGCCAAAACCAAAAGUUUUUUCUUUCUUCCUUUUUCCUACAAUUACGCGCGAAAUAAGCUUUUUCUAUUAUGACAAAACUUACUAGGUUUAAUUUUUUUUUUAAAUCUUACAUGACGUCAUGAAAAAUUUGUUAUCUCUUCUGAUGUGAAUCUUAUUGAAACUAACGUGACAAAUCUCUUUUUAAGACAAAUCUUUUUUUAUUGCAAAUGUACACUGCACAAAUACUCGAUUACACAGUUUAAUUUUUAGUUGA